AUGCGUCCGGGGCUCGUUAGAUUGGGGCUUCGAGGGCUUGCUAGAUUGGAGCGGCCGACUGUGUCGAAUGAUGGUGGCGGCUGUAGUUGUUUUCCUAGCAAGUUGGGCAGUUCGAGUGGAGUUGAAAAUCUCAACCGGGAUUGGAGAAAUUCGCGGCCGGAGAAAUCGGGCGGAAGAGUUUGCAAAUAUGCGGCCGGGCUGUUGAGAUGGUGCGGUAGGAGGUGCUGGAGAAAUUGGGAAAUCUCGGCCGGGUCUCCAAGGAACCUCGUGGCGGCCGAGAAUGUUGGAGCUGUUGGAAAUAUCGGCCGGGCUCUAUGUCAAAGUGAGGCUGGAUUGCGGCCGAAACAUGGGAAGCCAAGAUGCGACCGCAAGGAAAACCAAGAUAUGGCAGGUUGGGCCUUAGGAUUUCCUGUGCGACUGGAGCUAUGGGAAUUUUUGGGCGCACAAAUGUGA